CGAUCCGACUGCAUUUUGUGAUCGUUUGGAAAGCAAGUUGACUUGUAUCGAAGUAUUAAUUGUAAAAUUAGGCGCACUUUCCAGCCGGCGAAAUAAUCAUUUGUUCAAUGUGUGACGUUUAGCCUAGGUUUCACUCUUUCGCAUCACUUUCUCCGGUUGUAAUCAUCGCGCAUAACCUAUAAAAUCGAAAACAAACGUCAACAUCCUAACCGGGGCGUCAUUGGCAAGUAACGAAACUCGUUGUUUCGGUUGCAAAUUGCUCACCCAUCGCAGAUUAAUGUCAAUGAGUUGAAUCUUCGUCGAGGGAAAACGUUACGACUCAGGAGAAGACACCCGUCAACUUGGUGAAUGAGAAAACCACGAGGUCGUUGAGUUACUUGAAACCUAACCUAUAUUUUAACUGUCUAUUCCCCUGCUUUGUAAACAGAAUUCACCAGGGCCGCUCAGUCGAUUGACUAAAGCUAUGCGCUAGACAGAAAGCCAACGAUGCCGACAGUAAUAGCCCUCGAUGUUUCCCUUUCUAUGCGACGCCCUGUCGUUGGAUCGGUCACACCGGAUGGAACUCAGAGUGAACAACUCACCCGGCAUCACCUCGCUGUUGCCGGAAUAAAUGCCCUUAUCGAUUACCUACAAGUUAACUCCAAAUUGGAAUUUGUGGCACUGGUUGUAUUCUCCUCGCUAUACGAGGUCAUCUGUCCAUUCACCAGGGACUACGAUAGCAUCAGAGCAAAGCUGCAGAAUAUCGAAGAGUGCGAUAAAACCUGUGUCGAGACUGCGUUGCAUGGCGUUAAUACUGUAGUUAUGGCAGAAUGGGGCAACACAACGGCUUGUCAAGUAGUUCUUGUCACUGACGGCAACCCUGGAGUUGGCCCGAUGUCAUUGGGAGACUCUCUGAACUCGCUGAACCUUAAACGGGACUCGAAUCUGUUCCCGCUACCGUUUCCUUACCCUGGGAAAUUGACCGUUGUUUGCGUCUCGUCGCAGCAAGAUCCGGGUCUGGCUAUUGGAAUGCCGCUGUAUCAGUGGCUAGUCGAGUUGGCAGGAGGCAACAGCAUAGUUUUAGUCCCUGAGGGACCAUUGACGAGGAAUUCAGUGACAAACUGUUUUCAAAAGAUGGCUGAGGUUAAUUACGUGUCUUUUCAAGGGUACUUGAAAUGUGGACAAUUGGGUUCUCGCAUUUUACUGUCUCCACCGCCUCUGCCCUACACAAAAAAGACUGAUUUCGAGAUUCUGACUGGUCAAACGAUAUCAAAAACCCUUGAAAUUUGCGGCUUCAUAUCCGUGGUUGAUGUGGGAAGCCCAAACGCGAUAUCGAGGCACUUGGUCCUGCCGCUUCCUACUGAAAGAACAACGAGUAUGCAGGGAAUAAACCUCGAGGAAGACUCUGACACCGAAGACAACGGGGAUGAGGGAAAAACGCCUUCGUUUUGUGUCCUGCUCCAUGGUGCACUGAAGGUGGAAAACAUGGCGGCUCUGUGUUUGCUGAAUAGCGACUGGUACGGUUUCAUCUACUCCUGGGCAGACACCAAGAAGAAGUCCAACUUGAUGCUGACUGUGCUAGAGCCAGGUUCCGACGUUAUACCUUGGCUAGGAAACUUGAACAAUUUGGGACCAAUCGAUGCCAGCAUCUUAAAAGAUGGAGAAAGCGGGUUUCCAGUGAAACCGACUGAGAAAAGAAGCUACUCCCAGAACGCGCCCUCUUGGAUACGUCAGGUCGGACUGCAGUCGGAUAUCCAAAAGAUAUUGAGGCAUGCCAGAAAGCUGCCGGAGAAGACACAGAAUUUUUACAAGGAAUUGAACAGACUAAGAAGAGCUGCCUUGUCGAUGGGAUUUGUCGAACUUUUGGACGGCCUGGCGUCUAUAUUCGAAAGAGAGUGCGCGCUUCUUCCCGCCAAUUUGAAUCCAGACUGCAUGAUACAGAUGGGACACGUUGCCGAAGUGCUGAAAACGCCGCACUCUCGAGAACUGAAGAACAACAUCACUCCUGUUCGAACAAAAUUUCCUCACGACUAGAUCACAAGUUCAAACAAAACUCUUCAAUUUAUCCUUUUCUUUGCUCUAUAUAAAGAAUACAAGAAUAUCUUAGCAAAUUUUAAUUUAAUUAUACUUAUCAACCAUUGUU